AUGUCUUCUUCGCAGCCAACGCUUGCCCUUGAUGAUGAAGAGCUGGAUUAUGUGGUGGCAGAAAAUAUCAGUACCUAUGUUGCAUCAAAACAACAACAACAACAACAACCAUUAACGACCAAUGCAAUCUCAGUUUCUUCAUCGUCAUCCGAUACACCCCAACGUCCAAAGAAAUUCACGAAUUUCAAUUCUCCAGCAACACCAAUUCAUAAGAGAAUGGAUUCCAUCUCGCAAACUUUUAUUAUGAAUUUAAGUCCGUUGCGUGAUAUCAAGGAAGAUAAAUUCUAUGAAGUUGAAACGCAAUUGCAAACAUGGAUUGAAAGGACUUUGAAUAUUCAAUUCGCAAGAAAAGAAACGGGAUAUAAGGAGGUAUCAUCAUCUUCAUCCGAUGUUACCACUAAAAAAGAAAGCUCUAGAAACUUUUACUAUAAUCUAGAGAAUGGAUACAUCCUUUGUAAUUUGCUUCAUUUCUACUUUCCAAAUUAUAUCAACAUGGAAAAAGUCGUCAAAUUUGAUCAACAAUUAUUUACUCUAACGAAUGACAAAACCUACAACAGCAACUAUUUGUGCAAUGCAAAAAACAACAUGGCACUGUUUUUGGCUGGUUUGAGAAAGAUUGAUGGUUUUCCUGUAGAUUUAUUAUUUAACUUUGAAGAUGUGUUCUUGCAGAAAAACAAGAAAUUAAUUUUAUGCUCUCUUACUCAAUUACAUGAGAAAGCUCUCUUCUUCAGACAUCAACAAAAGGAAAUUGAAAAAGAGUAUCAGGAAGAACAGAAAUUCUUUGAAGAAUUUGAAGAGGAUCUUCGUUCCAUUCAAGAGGAUGAGUUGUCAUCUGGAAUUAUUUCUCCAAGAGACAACCCAGAACUCGCAAAAGUUGUUUUGGAUAAGCUUAAGAGAGAGUCUGUUGCUGUGACUCCAACCACAGAGUCUCUUCCUCCACCACCUUUGUUAUCGACAAAUCAAGUACAGGCACAGACCAAGAAAACUCCAAGUCCAUCUCAAAGACCACCCCUUCCUCCACUUCCUAAAACUCAAAAAACUCAGCCCUCCGAUUCCAUAGCAGAUUUCUUAGAUCAGUUGGAUACAUCCACAAAUGAGGACAAUACAGGAAGUGCCAUCAAGAGUAUCAUCUCAGUGUUCUCACUCCCACUGGUUAUUGUAUUUGUGCUCUUCUUAAAGGUCUACGCGAUAUUUGGAAAAAAGAAAACACAGUAA